AAGAGCAUCUGCUUGGCCGCCAUAGGAUUCAACAACAAAGCAUUAUAGCAGAGAAGAACAGUACUGCUCUUCCAAAUUAUUGUUUCUUUCUUUUCUCAAAAUAAGAAAAUGAUCAUGAAAUAAAGAGCUGCAAAGGCUAUGGUUAGAAGUUCAACAAAAACCUUUUAUUGAUUGAAUUACUUGCUAUAAUACUUCUUGAAAAUAAAGAAAAAUGGUUAGGAUCUUUUAUUAAUGGGAAAAAAGAAUCUUGCCAGUAUGAAACACUUGGAUUAUGCAGGGUGUAAAAAGACUACGUUGAGUAUGCUCUUAUGUAUCCUUCCACUAGUCUGAUGGUUUGGUGUUUAUUACACUAGAUUCUCUAUCCAAGGAUUAGAAGUGCAUCUAUACAAGCAACAAUAUAGUGUGCCAAAUCAAAUUUUCUUAUGCACGGGUAUCCAAACAAAUAUUAAAAGGAAUUUAGGGUUGCCUGUUUUUUAGGUGGCGAUUCUCAAUUUUAUUCCUUUUGCCCAAGAGGAAACAUACUAUGUUUUUACAAAUGAGUGUGGGGAGAGAGAAGUGAGUGGGUGGGGGGAUCUCAUAGGGCUGGAGAAGAGGAGGGAGUGUUGCUACGGGCCGGGUGGGGAGGGAGAAAGAGGUGUGGCUGUGAAUUAUUAUUAUUAUUUUUUUAUAAGAAAAAGAAGAAAUUAAAUAUUAAAUAAAACAGUUUGUACAUAUAUGUUGUUAGAGAGGGUGACAUUUUGUUUCUUGUUCAUAGAUACGUAAGCCAAAUGAGCUGAAAACAAGACCACUUCGGUGGUAGGCUUGAGCAGAAAUAUAGUUAAUGGUACGAGAUCUUAAACAUCUACAAAAAUAGGAGCGAUGUGAUCCGUGCGUUAUUGAUUAAUUGAGGAGAUUGGAAAACCUGAUUUUUGUUCCUUAUUAUUAUAUUUUGGAAUAAAAAAUGUUACCUCGGACACACACCGUUGGCCAUGCGGAUGCACAUUGGCACACUUGAAAGCAUCCAAGAGUUGCCCCUCAUUGGCCCCCACACUAGUGUAGGGCCACAUGACAAGGGAGUGCUUUUUUUCCGCAAUGGAAUUUUAGUCCUACUCUUUGGUGUAAGGGAGAGAACACAGAAAGAACCAACUAAGGAAGUGUUUCUCUGUUAGGAAGCGCGACCUACAUCAAUAUCUCUCUCUCUCUCCCUCUCUCUCAUAAACUAGAAAUGUCUUUUCACAUGGGAGGAGGGAUAGAUACAUCCUAGGAGCGCUGUCGUAGGCUACGUUCUCUGACAGAGUUCUUGCCAAAAAAAAAAAAGAUCAAUUCGGUGGUUAAGAGAUCCAUCGAUAAAGAAGAUGAUGGCUACAAGAACGCUAUGGGAAUAUCGCAGCAAGGCAAGCAGUCAAAUCUGAAACUAAAUCUCAAAAUGGGUUCAUGUAGCUGUGGGGUGGUGCGCAACUAUUUCCAAUCUGAACUCUUCCAUGAGUCCACAUUCCUAGCAGUGGAGGACCGUCUCCCCUUGGGGUUCCUGUCUGAGAUCCAGGGCUCAAAGGAGAUGGGGAUCUGAUCUAUCAGAGAAAUAUCCCACCAUGACCCCACAAGGUUCCUGGUGAACUAAUUACCAUUUGGAAGAAAAUCUACUAGGCCUUUGAUUAUUGAAGUAACUGGAGGAAGAGGAAGAGGAAGAUCAGAUAGAGAAGAAGAUUUUAAAGCUGAAAAGAUGAUCGUUAAUGUCAAGGAGUCCACCGUGGUGUGCCCUGCACAGGAUACACCAAAAGGGAUGAGCUUGCUGAUCUCAAACUUGGGCCAGGCAGCACGUAGAACACAUGGCCCUAGAGUGUACUUUUAUAAGGCAAAUAGUUCUCACAACUUCUUUGAAGCUGCAAUCCUUAAGGAUGCAUUAAGUAAAGUUCUUGUGCCAUUCUAUCCCUUGGCUGGGAGAUUGAAGAAGGAUCAUGAGAGUGGGAAGAUUGUGAUUGAUUGUAAUGACAAGGGUGUGCUUUUUGUUGAGGCUGAAACGGAUUCUUUUAUCGAUGAUCUCGGGGACUUUGUACCUUCCUCAUCAUCAGAUUUCAGGCAGCUUGCUCCAACUGUUGACUACACAAGUGACAUUUCUUCAUUCCCUCUUGUUGUCUUGCAGGUUACUCGCUUCAAGUGUGGUGGAGUCUCUCUUGGGGUUGGGAUCCAGCAUUCCGUGGCAGACGGGUCCUCAGGUUUCCGGUUCAUUAAUGCAUGGUCCGAUAUGGCACGUGGCAUUAAUCCAGCCACCCAACAUUUCAUCGAUCAAACCAACCUACGUGGACGAGAUCCACCUAUGCCAGCAUUCCAGCACAUCGAAUUCCAACCCCCUCCAACCCUAAAAGAUACAGCAAAUUCCCAAUCAGUCCCAAACACAAUAACCACCACCACCACGUCAGCAGCUAUCUUCAACUUCUCUCGUGAUCAACUCCAUACCUUGAAGGCCAAGGCCAAAGAGGGCAUUGCUGAUACUACUACCUACUACUCCACAUUUGAGGUACUUGCGGGACACACAUGGCGCUCUGCAUGUAGGGCACGUGGACUUCCUGAUGACCAAGAGACCAAAAUGUACAUCUCCACCAAUGGACGGUCGAGACUUAGCCGCCCUCCAAUACCACCAGAUUAUUUUGGCAAUGCCGUCUUCUCAGCUACACCAAUUGCGGUUUCAGGUAACCUCCAAUCUGAGCAGUUGGAAUAUGCUGUAGGGAGGAUCCAUGAAACGAUGGUGAGGAUGGAUGAGGAGUAUCUGAGAUCAGCUCUUGAUUUCUUAGAGUUGCAUCUUAAUCAGGUGGCUCUCAUGCAUGGGACCCACUUUUUUAGGUGCCCAAAUAUAAGGAUCAUAAGCUGGGCUAGGAUGCCUACAUGUGAUGCAGAUUUUGGGUGGGGCCGACCUAUUUUUGUGGGGCCCACUGAGAUGACUCUUGAUGGUAUGGCAUAUAUACUGCCGAGCUGUAUGAAUGAUGGGAGCUUAUCACUGUUGAUUGCUUUGGAACAUGACCACAUGCAGCUCUUCAAGAAGUUUAUACAUGACAUUUAAGGCUGAGGGCUAAUAAGCAAAAACCUUAUUAGUGGGACCUAA